CAAACACUCACUGAGCAUGCGUCACGGGAAUAAUGGAGGACUGUCUGUGGUAACCGAAAUAAUCUGAUCUGUUUGCACUCCGUCUCUCGCGCUUUGAGGAUAAAUCUUCUUCUCGCCACCUCAGCGUGUGUAAGUACAUGUGUUGCGUGGAAUGCCAAGAUGACUACAGACACUCCAGACCAAGCUCCUAAUUUCAGUGUAAUGACAUUCACCCCCUCCAAAGAAGAGUUCAAGGACUUUGUUCGGUAUGUUGCCUUCAUGGAGUCACAAGGAGCUCACAGAGCUGGAAUCGCCAAAAUCAUUCCACCUAAAGGCUGGAAACCAAGAAAUGCAUAUGAUGACAUCGAUGAUCUGCUGAUUCCUGCUCCAAUACAGCAGGUGGUCACUGGUCAGUCGGGAUUGUUCACGCAGUACAACAUCCAGAAGAAACCAAUGACUGUCCUUGAGUUUCAGAAGACUUCCAAUUUGGCUAAGUUUUGCAGUCCCAGAUAUGUGGAUUGUGAUGAGCUGGAAAGGAAGUUUUGGAAGAACCUGACCUUUAACCCCCCACUGUAUGGAGCUGAUGUCAGUGGAACACUGUUUGAUCCAGAUGUGUCUGAAUGGAACAUGGCCCAUCUUAACACAAUCCUGGACACUGUGGAGAGUGAGAGUGCAGUGAAGAUAAAAGGACUCACCUCCCCAUGCCUUUAUUUUGGGAUGUGGAAGAGUGCUUUUCCUUGGCACACAGAGGACAUGAAUCUUUAUAGCAUUUGCUACCUGCACUACGGCGAGCCCAAGUCAUGGUAUGUUGUCCCACCAGAGCAUGGCAGAAGACUGGAGCGGCUUGCUAAAGGUUUCUUUCCCGGGAAUGCUCAGAGCUGUGAAGCCUUCUUGCGGCACAAGAUGACUUUAAUUUCACCCUCAAUCCUCAAAAAAUAUGGUAUACCAUAUGAGAAGGUCACUCAGGAAGCUGGGCAGUUCAUUGUGACUUUUCCAUUUGCUUAUCAUGCUGGUUUCAACCACGGUUUCAAUUGUGCCGAGUCCACCAACUUUGCUACACAGCGAUGGAUUGAUUAUGGAAAACAAGCUAAAUUGUGUUCUUGCCGUCAAGAUAUGGUGAAGAUAUCUAUGGAUGCAUUUGUACUCAAGUUUCAGCCUGACCGUUACAAACUGUGGAAAGCAGGGAAAGAUGACACUCCCAUUGACCACUUGAAACCAACUCCAGAGGCUGCUGAGUUUCUCAAAAAAGAAAAGGACAAUCCCUGUAAGAAGGUUUCCAGUGAAGCAUCGUCUGAGGAGCCAACGUCUCCUGCACAGAAGGACAAAAGCUCAGAUCCUCAAAGUGGGAAAAAACGUCCGCUUGAACCUGUCCAGACUUCUGAAGGAGACAAUUGUGACGUAAGAGUCAAGGAGGCAGUAGAGCCUGAGAGUACCAAGCUAUCAAUGAGUUCUCCCAAUAAAGUCCCAGCUCUCUCAGCACAACCCAAGUCAGAACGUCAGUUGGAGAAGCUCAUGAAACCACCACCUAAAUGCAGUUCUAAACCCAACAAGAAAACUUCAAGCAGACAAAAUUCUGCAAGAAAGGACAAGAACGGUGGACAGACUGCAGACAUGAGUCCUCUGCUGCCAGUAGAAGGAAAUGCAGAGGGCAGUGUGGAGCCUCGGGUGGAAACCAGUAACAUCCAUGUGCACAAGCUGUUUCAGAGAACACUCAGCCCUGCUGACGUCCUGCAUGUUCAUAGCUAUGCCAAAGGAGACUAUGGAGAAGAAAUCCUGGUGCAGGAGGAAGAACAGGCCAUACGCAGUGAUGAGAACGAAGACACCAAACAUUGUUCUCUGUACCUCCAGCAAGUGGCAGAAGUGUUGCCUCCUACUGCAGAGCUGGAAAGUAAUCCAGACCAGCUGCCACGGCCCCCACACAUCAAAGAUAGCAGCAGUGAAAAAGACGCCUUAGAGGAGCUUCCCCCAGUGGAGGCAGGUACUUUCGAAGGGGACAACUGGGCCAAACCUCUGACCCAUUUGUGGCAGAGUAGCCCUCCCAAUCUGAAGAAAGAAAGGGAGUACAACCAGCGCAUGGGCUCUAAGCCUCCAUACUGCUCCAUCUGUAUGCUCUUCCAAACAUAUCAACAGGCAGAGUGUGCCAGAAGCAUGGACAAUCAUGUCGCUGGUGCAGGUGGGAGGAUGCAGACCAAGCCUGUUAUCCCAGAAAUGUGUUUCACCAUCACCACAGAAGAAGAUGCAGAGAGUGAAGAACAACCUGUUGCACAUUAUUUAGAGGAGGAUGGAACCAGCCUCCUCAUCAGCUGCUCACAGUGCCGUGUUUGGGUUCACACCAGCUGCUACGGUGUGAACCCAGCCAGUGUGAGCACCGAGUGGAAAUGUGCACGAUGUAAGGCCAAUGCUAUGAAUGAGAGUUGCUGCCUGUGCUUGCUAAGAGGUGGAGCCCUACAUAAAACCACCAAUGAUAAGUGGGUACAUGUGUUGUGUGCUGUGGCAGUGAUGGAGGCGCGCUUUGUUAACAUUGCUGAAAGAAGUCCUGUGGAUCUGAGUGGAAUCCCUCUACAGAGAUUUAAACUGAAAUGUUACUACUGCAAGAAACGCGUGAAAAAGGCAUCUGGCUGCUGUGUGCAGUGCUCUCAUGGCCGCUGUCCCACUGCAUACCACCCUACCUGCGCCCAGGCUGCCGGGGUUCUGAUGCAGCCAGAUGAUUGGCCCUUUGUGGUCCAUGUGACCUGCUGUCGGCACAAAGGUCCUGCUCAGAUUGAGCGCAAUAAGGCAGCAAUGCAUGAGCUUACUGUGGGUCAGAGAGUCAUCUGUAAGCACAAGAAUGGCCGUUACUAUCAGUGUGAUGUAGUUCAGCUCUCAAAAGAGACCUUUUAUGAAGUCAACUUUGAUGACGGCUCCUUCAGUGAUAACCUGUUCCCGGAGGACAUUGUGAAUCAAGACUGCGCUCAGCUUGGCCCCCCACCGCAGGGUGAAGUGGUUCAGGUGCGCUGGACAGAUGGGCUGGUCUACGGGGCCAAGUUUGUGGCUGCUCAUGUUAUUCAAAUGUACUUGGUGGAGUUUGAAGAUGGUUCACAGCUAACAGCCAAGAGAGAUGACGUCUACACUCUGGACGAAGAACUUCCCAAGAGAGUCAAAUCCAGACUGUCUAAGGCAUCAGAUAUGAGGUUUGAUGGAAUUUUUGAAGACAAUGAGAUUAUCCAAGAAUCCAAGAGACAAAGGGUGAUCAACUCCCGGUACAGGGGCGACUACAUUGAGCCUGUGAUUUAUAGAGCCAUCAUGGAGUAGACCCUCACACCUGGUCAGCCCGUCUUUCACACCAGCAGCACCGUUGGACUGAAGUGUUUUGAUGCACCUUAACUUUGCAGCUAGUUUCAGGCAAUGUAGCAGCAGCUGGCUUCUUCAGGAUCUGCAUGGACUGCUGCCUGUUUCAACACUUUGUUCUCUUUGCUGGAUUGUGAGGUCAAAAAAUGUUUUGCUCUGAUGACAUUUUUGCAGAGGACUCCUAACCAUAAUGUUAAUGGGCCACACGCUCUAGCAUUACUUCAAGGAUACAUAACAAAUAGCACUGAGUGAAGUAAGAUGUUUGAAAACUGGGUUAGUGUUGGAAUGGAGAGUCAAGUCAAGUUGUGCUGAUAGAGUCUUAAAAAAAACAAAGCUUCAUUAAACUGACCCCAACUGAGCAUUUUCCAUCCAACAUCAACUUGUUCCUAAUUUAUUUCAGAUUUUGCUUUUAGUGGCCAUUAGAAGGUUUCAGAGAGAACACACACAUACCCCAAAUAUUAUUCUAAACCUCUACUUCACCUUCAGCCCUUCAGUUUUUAUUCUGUUGAAAAUGGUAGAAAACAGAAGAGAGUUGAAUCUCUCAACAUUUUUAACAUUUAAAAAGUCAUUUCUGUCCUAUGACUUGUGAACAUUAUGUGUAACUGCAAAAAUUGGAGCUUAAAACGUUUUUUAUUUGUUCCAACUAGUUUGGAAACUGCCAUUUGUAAUAUUUAUGAGUUGUCUUAAUCUUAACACUCACAUCUUGUGAUAGAAACAUUUUCAUGGUAUAUAUUGCAUUUUAAAAUCUAUCAACAUAUUUCAGAAUUAAGAAACGCAUAUGGACUCUUCUGGAUAAAUGAAGUAAGGCUUUAUUAUAAUAAUAAUAAUAAUAAUAAUAAUAAUAAUAAUAAUAAUAAUAAUAAUAAUAAUAAUAAAAUCUAACCAGCAAUGAAAAAAGAUUUUUUUUAAAUCUCUGGGAUAUUUUUCUUGGCUUUUGAUUCAAGUUUUAGGUUUCAUGUAAGUGUUGCAACAGUCAUUUCUUUAGGCAUGUCCAAUGCAGAAAAGGUUUUCCUCUGGAUGCUGUGGAGUAACAGGUUAAACUCUUUGAAGGUAGCACAGCCAUUUGAUCCCUAAAGUCCCGUUUUAUUAACUACAUUCCCUCCUUGGGUGAACUUCAUAACUCUUUAUUGCUCAUUGCAUUGAGAAACUAGCAUCUGCUUCAUAAACAGUAAUUCUGUUGAGUUUGUUUGAUCACUUGACUUCUGCAGUUAAUUAAGUCUCUGCUGCUUUUCAUGUGUUUCUAUUGGCUGCCUGUCCUACUCUCUUACUCUGUGCAUUGGACUGCUGAGUCCAGUUUGUGGGGCAUUUGAACAUCAAGGUGCUACUGUUGGUUUAUACAGAAAAAUAUGGCGUUUGUUGUACAUUUCUAAACGUUUUGCUGGCUUGUUCGUGUCCGGCUCCACCCAACUCUUUGAUUCCAUUGCUUUGGUAGAACAAGAUGGCCGUCAGUCAUCAUCAUUAUCAAGCAGGUUUUCUAGCUGGUCAUUGGUCAUGUAGGGAUCAUUUCAUUUUCUCUUUAGACUAACUUGUACACUGAUCUUGUAUUCUAUUUUACUGUGCUGUUUGUAAAGCGUUCAGUGUAUUUUUUCACAAAAGCCUGUGUAAUGUAAAUGUCAUGUAGUCUAUUUUAAAAUCUUAUUGAGCCAGCAGGGAGAGCAGUUACUUUUCAUAUUGUCAUGCAGACAUUUUGUAACAUUUGUUUAAUUAAAGAAAUGUACUCUCAGUU